AUGCGGGUUUCUAUUGGCUUACAAUCUUCAAAGAAGCUCAAACACUAUGUGAGACAUGUGAUGCAUGUCAAAGACAAGGAACUAUCACCAAGAGAGACGAAAUGCCCCAACAAUCCAUUCAAGUUUGUGAACGUGUGGGGUAUUGACUUCAUGGGUCCAUUUCCGCCAUCUAACAAAUGUCUCUAUAUUUUGGUUGCGGUUGAUUAUGUUUCAAAAUGGGCCGAGGCAAAAGCUUUGCCAACCAAUGAUGGAAAAGUUGUUAUUGAAUUCUUGAAGGCUUUGUUUAGCCGAUUUGGUAUGCCAAGAGCUUUGAUUAGUGAUCGGGGCACUCACUUUGCAAAUCAUCAAUUGGAGAAGGUUAUGUAA